AGGGUACUGUGACUUUAAAGGGGUGGUGGUUCACGGUGAGGUAGCAGAUAGGUUUGAUGUAGUCGUUAAGAACACCUCGUACAUCCCGGACUGACUCUCCCUGUAAAGCAGCCUUGCCUAAAUCACCGUCAAGACCGUCCAGAAAGCUGUGCGUGCCAGCCGCUGCACCCUGUCAGGAGCGAUGGGAGAGGCCGAGACGCGCCAGAAACUGCUGCGCAAUGUGAAGAAGGAGGUGAAACAAAUUAUGGAGGAGGCAGUAACGAGGAAAUUUGUGCAUGCAGACAGCAGCCAUAUUAUAUCCUUCUGUGCUGUAGUGGAGGCGUGUGUGCUUCAUGGAUUGAAACGUAGGAUUGCAGGCCUGCUGUGCAGUAAUAAGGUUGCGGCACUCUUUAUGAAGGUGGCAAAAAGCUUUUCCCCUGCUGCGGAGCUCUGUCACAAGGUCCAGGAGCUGGAACAGCUCAUUGAAAACAGCAAGCAGAACAAUUCCUCACUGAGUACUGACCGCAGUCGGCAGUCCAAGUUGGCUAACCUUCCUCCUCAAGCGCUGAAACACCUAUGGAUUCGAACUGCCCUGAUGGAAAAGCUCCUAGAUAAGAUUGUCCUGUACUUAGUAGAAAACAGCAGUUCAUUCUAUGACAAAGAAGCCAUGCUGAUGGAUCCUGUGGAUGGACCGAUUCUUGCAUCCCUAUUGGUUGGCCCCUGUGCUUUGGAGUACACCAAGGUUAAGACUGCAGACCAUUUCUGGACUGAUCCAUCUGCAGAUGAGCUUGUACAGAGGCAUCGUAUUCACAGCGGUCACUGUCGGCAGGAUUCCCCCUCCAGAAGACCGGCCUUGAUCCAAAAGAGACAGUCCAGUGGUAGCAUGGAUGAUCGCCCUCUUAUGUGGGUGAGGGAAUAUGUUGAAUCACUUCACCAAAACUCCAGAGCCACACUUCUGUUUGGGAAGAACAAUGUCCUGGUCCAGCCGAGAGAUGACAUGGAGGCCAUUCCAGGCUACCUUUCUCUACAUCAAACUGCAGACCUCAUGACCCUGAAGUGGACACCAAAUCAACUGAUGAAUGGCAAUGUUGGGGAGCUGGACUCUGAAAAAAGUGUUUACUGGGAUUAUGCUAUGACAAUUCGUUUGGAGGAGAUUGUGUAUCUCCACUGUCAUCAGCAAGUGAACAGUGGAGGCACAGUCGUUUUGGUGAGCCAGGAUGGGAUCCAGAGGCCUCCUCUACACUUUCCUAAAGGAGGCCAUUUGCUCCAGUUUCUCACAUGCUUAGAGACUGGCCUGCUACCUCAUGGGCAGCUAGACCCGCCACUCUGGAAUCAGAGAGGGAAGGGAAAGGUUUUCCCCAAACUGCGAAAGAGAAGUCCACAUGAUUCAUGUGAUUCUGUAUCAGAUAAGGAAGACGAUGAAGCAACCGAUUAUGUGUUUCGGAUCCUCUUUCCUGGCAAUCAGAUGGAGUUCAUGGCCCCAGAGCUGAUGGAUCAGGGUGUUAAUAUGUGGCAACCAGCCCCCAGGAAGUCCUCCUGCUCCUCCUGCUCACAGAAUGGCUCAUCUGAUGGCUCUCUGCCUAAUGGCUGUAACCAAGAAAGGGCUCCCUUAAAGCUCCUUUGCGACACCAUC